AUGAGAAUAAAGGCUUCUAUGUUUGGAAUUAUUCUUAUUUCAGCUUUAGUGCUGGCUUAAUCUAAUGUGGAAUUGAGUGAGAUUGAAACCAAUCCUAUACCUACAAUGGUUAAUUUUGAUGGCUAUCAAAGAAAUGUCGAUUAAACAUAAUAAGAGCAGGGAUAUUAUGAUUUUGAUGGAACAUUCAUUCAUUAGAACACAGAAGUGACUUAAAACAAUGAAAACAAUAAAUCUAUUGAAGAUCCUAAUAAUUUUAUUUUAGACCACCAGAAUAUUUCUACUCUCAAUUCCGAAAUAACUUCAAUAUCACAUGAUGAUAAUUAAAUUCAAGUAUGAAAUCUCUUAAUAAAGAGGGUUUAAACGAUAUACCAUAAUUAGAUAUGAUUGAUACUUUAGGUACUUAAGCACUUAGUUAAUAAGAUUUAAAUAACAUAUGUAUUAAUGUAAUUUAACGUUAGCUGAAAGUGAAUAAAAUGCUGAAAAUUCUAAUUGUAUAGUAAUCUAUUCAUAAUGUCAUUUUAAAGGAGAGUCACUUAAAAUAUGUGAAUCUUAAAGAGAAAUUGAGUAUAUAUUUCAAUAAACAUAGUAAUUUUGAUCAUGAUAUUAAAUCAGUUCAAAUUCCUAAAGGAUAUUCAGUCAGACUUUAUAAUAAAGAAGAUUUUACAGGUGAAAAAAUCAUUUUGAAGAAAAGUUAAGAAUGUUUGAAUAAACCAUUAGCACUUACAUAAUUGUAUGAGAAGUAAUCUCAUAAAUUUACGAUUCUGGCUUAAAAAUUGAAUUUAAGAGGAAUCUGA